AUGCGGGAGGGGAGCGCGGGCGGCCGCGGCGCGGAGAACCGGACGGGCAGCGAGCCCCCGCUGCACCUUUUCCCCGCGCCCGUGCUCACCGGCAUCACCGUCGCCUGUGUCCUCCUCUUCGUCAUCGGGAUCGUCGGCAACCUCAUGACCAUGCUGGUGGUGUCGCGGUUCCGGGACAUGAGGACCACCACCAACUUCUACCUGUCCAGCAUGGCCUUCUCCGACCUGCUCAUCUUCCUCUGCAUGCCCCUGGACCUCUUCCGCCUCUGGCAGUACCGGCCCUGGAACUUCGGGGACCUCCUCUGCAAGCUCUUCCAGUUCGUCAGCGAGAGCUGCACCUACUCCACCAUCCUCAACAUCACGGCCCUCAGCGUGGAGCGGUACGUCGCCAUCUGUUUCCCCCUCCGAGCUAAAGUGAUCAUCACCAAGGGGAAGGUCAAGCUGGUCAUCCUCUUCCUCUGGGCCAUCUCCUUCAUUAGCGCCGGACCCAUCUUCGUCUUGGUGGGGGUCGAGCACGAGAACGGCACGAACCCUCUGAGCACCAACGAGUGCCGAGCCACGGAGUACGCCAUCCGCUCGGGGCUCCUCACCAUCAUGGUCUGGACCUCCAGCAUCUUCUUCUUCCUGCCCGUCUUUUGCCUGACCGUGCUGUACGGCCUCAUCGGGAGGAAGCUCUGGAGGAGAAAGAGAAAGAACAUCGGUCCAAACGCUGUUAUCAGGGAUAAGAACAACAGGCAAACUGUGAAAAUGUUAGUUGUGGUGGUAUUUGCUUUCAUACUCUGCUGGUUGCCUUUUCACGUAGGACGCUAUUUAUUUUCCAAAUCCUUUGAAGCUGGCUCCUUGGAGAUAGCCGUGAUCAGCCAGUACUGCAACCUGGUGUCCUUUGUCCUCUUCUACCUUAGCGCAGCCAUCAACCCCAUCCUCUACAACAUCAUGUCGAAGAAGUACCGCGUCGCCGCUUGCCGGCUCUUUGGACUCAAGCCCCUUCCAAAGAAAAGACUCUCCAGCACGAAGCAAGAAAGUUCGCGCGUUUGGACAGAGCCGAGCGUUAUCACAUGACACGUGAUUUCCAGCGCCGGAGCAUCGCUUACCAGUAUUUCCCAGAAAGCCAUAACGAGAGAGAAGGAGGGCGAGGAACGCAAAUUGAAACGUUAAAGCCGGUCUUUCGUCGUCAUCUGGAUUUGCUGUAAUGUAGGCAGUUAAAGAUUUUAAAAAAACCCAAACCCUAAGCUUUGAGACUAUAAAAGAAGGCACACUGUCAC